CAACAGGAAGAGUUUCGUUCCUCCGUUGUUACAAAAACCUUUUUUCGGUUGUUUUUUAUCGCGGUGAGAGAAUGGCGGAGCCGCAGCUCGCAGCUCAGACUCAGACUCACACUUUAUAUUAAAGUUUAAACUUGUUCCGUGUUCGUUCGAAGAUUUUAUUUCACAGCGGAACUCCACGGAAAAUUCACUCUACUGAAGAUAAUUUGGAUUAUCCACAGAGGGUCAGAGGUCACCAUGGGGUCAGCCGUGGAGAGGACGGAUGAACACGUGAGAGAGUAUCUGAUCUACCGCGGCUUCACCGGCACGCUGAAAAACCUGGACAGCGAGAUUAAAGCCGACAAGGAGAAAGGCUUCAGGGUGGACAAGAUCAUCGAUCAGCUGCAGCAGUUCAUCCAGAGCUUCGACCUGUUCUGUCUGAAGGAGUACUGGCUCUACCUGGACAGACGUCUGUUCUGCAGACUGGAGGACAUUUACAGGUCCACAGUCAACAAACUGAGAACCAGCCUGUACAGAUACUACAUCAUCAACACCAUCCAGAAAGGAAACCUGGAGAAGACUCAGGAGUUUUUCCAGAGGCAGGCGUUGGAGCUGCAGGGUCAGGUUGAGUGGCGGGAUUGGUUCAUCCUGCCAUUUAUCCCCGCCCCCGAGCAGAACCCCGCCUUCGCGCCGUACUUCUCCCGCCAGUGGGCCGACACCUUCCUGGUGUCUCUGCACAACUUCCUGUCGGUCUUGUUUCAGUGUAUGCCUCAGCCUGUCCUCUUGAGUUUUGAUGCCGAGGUCCAGAAGAUGACGAGUGUGACGGAGGAGAAUGAACAGUUCCGGCAAAUGCUGUUCGCUCUGCAACCGGAGAGUCGGGAGCAGAGGGACGCAGACGAGAUGGUCCACCACAAACUACCGGUGUACGUCCAGAACAUGGACCGUCUGGGAGACACUGAGCUGGACUUGGUGUCAAGCCAGCGAGCCGUGAGCGCCGUCACCCCGCCUUCCAGAAACUUCUUCUCCACAUUCCUACCACAGGGCCGACGCACGCCGGGGAAACCGGCCCAGGUCAGCACCGCGUCUUCACCAAACCUGACGGCGGUGAGCAGGAAGGAGACACCAGUCAGUCAGCCUGUGAAGACAAAAGAGUCGAUUCAAUCAAAGGAGGUGAAGCCAGUCGUCAGCAGUGAACCCGCGAGCUCCCCGUCAACGACGACAACGACAAUAACAGUCAACAACCAGGCAACAAACCAGACGUCGCAUCCACGACACAAGAGGAUCCAGGACCACGAGAAAGAGAGGAAGGAGCUUUUCUCCAAACCACUACAGCAGACACCAGACAAGAAAGGUGACGCUGAGGUGGUGGAGCUUCCUGCUGACACCACCGCUGACCUCCCUGACCCCUUCUCUUCGUCCUCGUCUUCGACCAGCAGGAGCUGUGGAGGAGCAGCAGAGGGAGGAGGAGGAGGAGGAGGAGGAUUGUCUGUGGAACAGCCUUUCAUCAAACUCAGUCAGGAGGAGUAUGGAGAACAUCACUCGUCCAUCAUGCACUGCAGAGUCGACUGCUCUGGACGCCGGGUUGCCAGUUUGGACGUAGAUGGUGUCAUCAAGGUGUGGUCGUUUAACCCAAUCAUACAGACCAAAGCCACCAUCAUGUCCAAGUCUCCUCUGCUGUCUCUGGAGUGGGCCACCAAACCUGACAGACUGCUGUUGCUAGGCAGCGGCGUGGGCACAGUUCGGCUGUAUGAUACAGACGCCAAGAAGAAUCUGUAUGAGAUGAACAUCGAUGAGACUCAUCCACGUAUCUUGUCUUUAGCGUGCAGUCCCAGCGGCUCGUCGUUCGUGUGUUCAGCGGCAGCUCUCGGUCGCUCCGGAAACGCAGAGUUGGCUUCUCAACUUCCGAUGCCAGUGUUUGGAAAACUGUUACUCUGGGACACAAAGACGGUCAAACAGCAGCUCCAGUUCUCAUUAGAGCCUGAACCGGUCGCCAUCAACUGCACGGCGUUCAACCACAACGGAAACCUGCUGGUGACCGGAGCUGCGGAUGGAGUCAUCCGACUGUUUGAUAUGCAGCGUUACGAGAGUGCAAUGAGCUGGAGAGCUCAUGACGGAGAAGUUUACAGCGUGGAGUUCAGCUACGACGAAAACACUGUGUUCAGCAUCGGAGAAGACGGAAAGUUCAUACAGUGGAACAUCCAUCGGUGCGGGGAGAAGCAGUCGGAGCAGGUUUUACCUCAGGAAGCCACCGGGCCCUUCGUCUUGUCGGGAUACAGCGGAUAUAAACAGGUUCAGGUUCCCCGAGGCCGACUCUUUGCGUUCGACUCUGAAGGACAACACGUCCUGACGUGUUCCAGCUCCGGAGGACUCAUAUACAGAAUGACCAAUGGCGAGCCGGCUCUAGAGAGCGUGCUGUCGCUGGGCGGACACAAAGCCCCGGUGGUGACGGUGGACUGGUGUUCAGCCGUGGAUUGUGGCACGUGUCUGACGGCGUCCAUGGACGGGAAAAUCAAACUGAGCACGCUCCUGGCGCAGAAGUCCUGACGGACACGUUGAACGUGAAGAGGUCGUCAUUGUCGUCGUCACACGCUCAGUUACUGAAGAGAUUAUUCCAGAAUCUGAUCAAUGUGACCACGUUUCAUGAUGUGAUGCAACAAAUAAAAUGAAAUCCCUGUCAAUGUUU